CGCUGCCGCCUCUGGGUCCCGUCUCCCGCCCUCCUCCCCGUGUGUGUGAGUGUCCGGGCGGCGGAGGGGGCGGCUCCCGGGCCGGCGGCAUGCACAGGCAGGGAAGGACUGGCACUCCCCCUUCCAUAGGAGGCCGGGCCUGCUGCAGUGCCUGCCUGGGAAUCCCGGCCUGAGCUGCACUCCCUCUGCCCGGGACCUUCCUAAACCUGUGCCCCGUCCUUCCAAACCCUCCCAGCGGGCCCCCACUGCGCCCCAGGGCCCCCCGGAGCCAGCCGCAGCACCCGUCCUCUGCUGAGGGCUUCCCCCGCCCCUCCCUCUGCCCCCCUGGGAGACAGUGGAAACCCCAUCACUGUCCUGUGUGUACCUGAGCACCUGUGUGAGGAGGUCAGUGUGGGACUUGUAGUUCCCCAGCUAUGGAUUACCCGGACCUGAGCCUGUGACAGACACCUGUGGCACCUGUGGCAGGGAGGACUGGACAGGGGUGGGGGCCGGAGAGUGACAGCCUGGGACUCUGCUGGGACUUGUGGUCCCACCAGGAUGAAGGUUACAGUGUGUUUUGGGAAGACUGGGAUUGUUGUCCCCUGUAAGGACGGGAAGAUCAGCGUCCGGGAGCUCAUCCAGCAGGCAGCGCAGAGGUACAUCAAGGCCAAGGAGAAAGAAUGGCGGAGUGUCCUCACAAGCGUCAGAAGAGAGAUCCGCACGUUAGAACCAGGAUAUUGGGUGAAGAUUCAUAACCUGGAAUACAGAGAUGGGGGCAUAUUAGACCCUGAUGACGUUGUAGCCGAUGUCGUUGAAGACAAAGACAAGCUGUUUGCGGUGUUCGACGAGCUGGAAUUAUCCGCCAAAGCAGAAGAUGCAGCUGCCAUGGCGGACCGCCUCAGCCCUAACCCGUAUGAGUCAGAGCCAGCGGCUCCGCACCCCACGUUCCGGCCGCUUCGGGGAGAGAUAGAAGUCACUCAUUCCGCGCUCAAGCUUGGGACGCCUCUGCUGGUGAGACGGAGCAGCGACCCUUCCGUGGGGCCUGUGGUUGACUUUCAUCCAGGAGCCUCUCAUACGGGCGAGCAGGGGGCGAGACUUGCUGUCCAGGGUCCAUCCACAGAAGAUCAGAGAAAUGUCAGCUGGCAAGAAGAGAGUCCACGAUGGCAGAUGUCCAGCGUCAUGACGAGGACGGUGGAACUCUCUGGGGAUGAUGGACCACUGGGCAUACACGUGGUGCCUUUCUAUUCCUCUCUCAGCGGACGCGCUCUGGGGCUGUAUAUCCGCGGCGUUGAGGAGAACAGUAGGACUAAGCGCGAUGGCCUGUUCCAAGAAAACGAAUGCAUUGUGAAGAUUAACAACAUGGAACUCAUGGACCGGUCAUUUACACAGGCCCAGGAUAUUUUCCGCCAAGCCAUGAAGGAUCCGAACGUGCUGGUGGAAGUCGUCCCACCUCAUUACCGUGAGCUGUAUGAGAAGUCCGUCAUCUCUUCUCUGUCCGUGCUGGAGGAUGAUGACGAAAUUCCCAAUAUAAAGCCACCACCGCCACCUGGGCACGGAAAGCUGAGUGUGAAGAUGAGCGAGAGGAGUAACGGAGGCGACUCUGCGCUGCCGCUGGCCAGCCCUGACCCCACCGGCAUUUACUCCUCGCCAUCCCUUUCACCGCUGGGGUUUGCGAAUAAGAAACCUGCCAAGAGAAUAAUGAUCGAUCUGAAAAAGGGCGCAGAUGGACUUGGAUUCACAGUGGUCACCAGAGAUUCUACUGUGCAUGGACCUGGCCCUAUAUUUGUGAAGAACAUUCUUCCCAAAGGAGCAGCCAUAACGGACGGCCGAUUGCUGUCCGGUGACCGAAUAAUGGAGGUAAAUGGCACAGUGAUUGCCGGCAAAACCCAGGAGGAACUGGUGGCCAUGCUGCGCAGCACCAAACUGGGCGAGACUGUGGCUCUGGUGGUGGCUCGGCAAGAGGAGGCCUUCCUGCCCCGGGAACUGAAGGGGGGCGUGGAAGGACAUUUUGCAUUUCCGGAGGGUACAGCGCAGAUGACGUUUGAGAUCCCGCUGAAUGAUUCCGGGUCGGCAGGACUGGGAGCUAGCCUGAAAGGAAACAAAUCCAGAGACACCAACAGUGAUUUGGGGAUCUUCAUUAAAUCCAUCAUUCACGGGGGAGCAGCCUAUAAGGACGGCCGCCUGCGGGUGAAUGACCAGCUUCUGGCGGUGAACGGCGAGAGCCUGCUGGGCAAAACAAAUCGUGAAGCCAUGGAAACGCUGCGGAGGUCCAUGUCUAAUGAGGGGAACGUCCGAGGGAUGAUCCAGCUGGUGGUUCUGCGCAAGCUGGGUAGACUGGCAGACGAACAUUCAGGACCUUUAGCCAAACAGCCCCCGGAGAACCUUGCUGGGCCGGAACACAAUGGCUGGCAGGACAGGAUUACUGAUUCCGGCAGUUUUGAUGAUGGAUAUAUGGAUAAAGAUGUUCCCCCUCCUCUGCCACCUCAUCCGAGGGAGCAUGUCCUUGUGGAGUACCCUAAAUUUAGAUCUGGAGGAGAAACGUCAAACCCGGCGGAGGCGGCGAACCUGAAAACUUCAAAGAGCAUGGACCUCGUGGCAGAUGAACGCAAUAUUGCUGUGCUGAAUGGACGGGUGCCAGAUUUUCCUGGAAAAGAUCUCGGGCCGCGUUUGGGCCUGAAAAAGUCCAGCUCACUGGAGAGCCUGCAGACCGCGGUGGCCGAGGUCAAGAAGAACGAGCUUCCUUUCUACAGGCCCAGAGCGCACAUGGUCCGCGGCAGGGGCUGCAAUGAGAGCUUCCGGGCCGCCAUUGAUAAGUCCUAUGAUGGACCAGACACAGAGGAAGACGGCCUGUCCGAUGUGAGCUCCCAUUCUGGGCGAGAAAUGCCAAAUAGUGAAUUAGCCCCAAUGGGGAAUCCGGAGCUCAGUUCUGCUGACAAAGCAAAGAAAGACAAGAAGAAAAAAGAUAAGAAAAAAGAAAAGGAGAAGGGGAAGACGAAAGUAAAAGAUAAGAAAAAGAAAGAGGAAGCGGAUGAGCAGGAUAAUAAAGCCAAGAAGAAAGGUUUUGGAGCAAUGCUCAGGUUUGGAAAAAAGCACAAAGAUGAUAAAGGAGGAAAAAUGGAUCCGAAAAGUAACUCAAAACCCGGCACGCUGAGAGAAGAGGAGCAGGAGAUGGAUAAAAUGAAAGAAGAACGUGACAGAAUUAAUGCCAAGCACCAGGAGAUACGGGAGAAGCAGGCAAGAGUCUUAUUCGACUUUAACGCAGCCAAUGAUAUUGAGGAUGACGAUAUGGAUCCUAAUUACGCCCGAGUGAACCACUUUAAGGAACCCCCACCGCACCUCAAUCUCCAGCGGUCUUACUCUCCUCCAGUGCCUUCGCCUUACAGUUACCCAAGAGAGCCGCUGGCCCCUCCCCCAGAGAGAGAUCACGUCCAAGACCUUUACGCUAAAAUAAACAAGAAGCAGCAGGCGCCGGAGGCCGUUGACAGCGGCCGCUCCCCGCCAGGGAAUGGAGACCGUAUCCAACAGCUGCGGAUGGAAUACCAGCAGGCGAAACGGGAAGGGUUCCCUCAGUACGAGAACGAAGAUGUGAUCCGGCGGCCUUUAGACUAUGAGCAGAGUUGGGCACCAGCGCGAUCCCCGGGAGGAGGCCGCAAUCUUAGCUAUGAUGGGAUAGAGCGUCAGUAUGCAUCGCUACCCAGACCUGGCCCUAUUGAUGCGGUGGAAUACAUGUCUGCGCCGCGGGCCGUGUACAAAGAGAGAGAGCCGCCGUACUACUACGAUGUGACCGCUCCAUACGCUAAAGGUACUUAUUCCAGAUCCAAGGUACACCAAGAAGACAGGUACCCCCCAUAUCAACCACCCCCGGCCAAAGGGCCUCUCCGACAAGAUGUUCCACCUUCUCCACCGCAAGGACAAAGAUUGCCAGGCUACGGUACCACCGGGAGAUCGGGACAAGAUCGGUACCAGUACAGAACCCAGGAUCGCAGACAGAAAAACCCCAUGACUGCCGCUGUAUAGGCUACGUGACUCCAUACGUGUGGAGAGCAAAGCACAUGGCGGUCAUACGGUAUAGCAAUGGACACUAGAACAUGGCAGUCAUACGGUAUGUCAUGGUAUAGCAAUGGACACUAGAACAUGGCAGUCAUACGGUAUGUCAUGGUAUAGCAAUGGACACUAGAACAUGGCAGUCAUACGGUAUAUCAUGGUAUAGCAAUGGACACUAGAACAUGGCAGUUAUACGGUAUAUCAUGGUAUAGCAAUGGACACUAGAACAUGGCAGUUAUACGGUAUAUCAUGGUAUAGCAAUGGACACUAGAACAUGGCAGUUAUACGGUAUAUCAUGGUAUAGCAAUGGACACUAGAACAUGGCAGUUAUACGGUAUAUCAUGGUAUAGCAAUGGACACUAGAACAUGGCAGUUAUACGGUAUAUCAUGGUAUAGCAAUGGACACUAGAACAUGGCAGUUAUACGGUAUAUCAUGGUAUAGCAAUGGACACUAGAACAUGGCAGUUAUACGGUAUAUCAUGGUAUAGCAAUGGACACUAGAACAUGGCUUUAUGCUGCUAACUAUGAAAUUGCCAAAUGAGUUUAACGGUACGCUAUGGGAAGGUGUUACGUGGCCUUCUGUAACGCAAUAACCACCCAAUAAGUGCAUUAUGAUGUCUACAGUCCUUUUCUAUCAUUAUAGAUUGUAACCACAUGUAUAGUUUACUGUGUAUCACUUUCCUGAAGAUGACGGAAUGUAAGGUAUUUGCUAUUUGUGGUGUGUGCGCUGGCGGCAGGUGGUCGCACAUCUAUAUGUAAAAGGAUCAUUUCUAGAAUGUACCAUAACCGCAGAAAUAACGAAGGUGGCUGCUACUGGAAACACUGGUUACACAUUCCCAGCGCCAGGCGCCCAGAUAGAUGGCAUUGCGUUACUAGAAUAGCCGGACACGGUUUCUUACUUUGCACUGUAAAAUCUGCGUCCCCGAUUCUGCACCACUUUACACUUUCCCUCCUAUGUAACAUAUGGGCCGGUACGCUGUAUCACCCACAGGUACUAGCCAGCCGGUGUGAUUGCCAGCUGGUGGGCGUAGGACCCUGCUCGCUACCUCUGUCUUACCCUGGCUCCCAGCAAACCACUGGCUGCGCUGCGAUAUCUGGCUCUUGCUGCAGGCAGCGCGCUCUUUUAUAUGGAUUGUUUCAUCGUUGUUACGGAAAUCAGGACUGUUAAUAUACCGUUACGCUGUCCGAGCCGCAAUGUGCCUAUGCACCGUUUCAUGCUGGACUGAUUCAUGAAUGUUCAUAUACGUCAGUGCAACGCACAAGAAAACAAAGCCAGGUUUAUUAUGCCGUUGUGCUAUUAUUGUGGUUAUAAUGAACCAAAAGGGCUUAUUAGAUGACGCCACCGUUCCUUAGCGCUUGGCCACACUUCUGGCCUGCUAUCGGCGACGUGCUGGGGUAAAUUUACUAAGACGGGAGUUUUAUUUAAGAUGGGAUGUUGCCCAUAGCAACCAAUCGGAUUCUAAGUAUUAUCUUCUAGAAAGUGCUAGAUAAAUGAGAAGUAGAAUCUGAUUGGUUACUAUUGGCAACACCCCAUCUUAGUAAAUUUACCCCAUUGUGUCGGCUAAUAGGAAACCUCUGGUACAAUGUGUAACCAGCUCCGCCUGUGUCUCAUUUCCCAUACAUUGGGAGAACUCCGCCCCUCUCACUGCCUUACUACCUGCCUUAAUAGAGUGAGACAGAUGAUGAUGGUCCUGUUGGGGGCCACAAAUGAAAUUUAAGCCAAUAAGAUUGUGUAACGUUUGACCUAAGGUCACAUGACUGAAGACCCUCGACGUAGCUGUGCGCUGGCAGUGCCAUAAAGCCAUCUGCGUUCACUUGCGCUCAGUCUGACAAAGAGCAAGGAGUCUACUCAUUAAAACGAGUAGAUAAAGCCGAUUUCCUCCUGACGAUUAUCAUGGGGGUAUAGUGACGGGAUCCGGUCUCUAGGUCGACACUACCUUUGUCGACCACUAUUGGUCGACAGUAACUACGUCGACAUGUUCUAGGUCAAAAGGUUGACAUGAGUUUUUCACAAUUUUUUUCUUCUUUUUUUAACUUUUUCAUACUUAACGAUCCACGCGGACUAUGAUUGGGAAUAAUAACCUGUGCCGAGCGCAGUGAGGCACCUUGCCCACAGUUCACGAGCCACGCGAGUGGACACGGUCCACUAAUUGGGGUUCCCGGUCACUGCACGGAGAAAACAGCACAAAAAAAACAAAACAAAAAACUCAUGUCGACCUUUUGACCUGUCGACCUAGAGACCCUGUCGACCUAGUAUCUGUCGACCAAUAGUGUUCGACCUAGUUACUGUCGACCUUGCCUACCACACCCAUAGUGACAGAUUGUAGGGAUAGGUCAUGUUCUAACACUCAUGCUAAAACUGUAGCAGGGCAUGCUGGUAUGUGUAGUUCAACAACAGCUGGAGUGCCAAAGGUUCCCCAUCCCUGCUAUAUAGGCUUCCCUACUCAUUACGGCCAGAGAUGCGGCUUCUCGCCCCUUAAUAAACAGGUCCCUAAAGCUGUAACUAACAACUAGUUAAUGCCUUAAUAAUUCUACAAAAAACAACAACUACCCAGAAUGAGCCGGGAGAGCGCUGAGCGCUGCGACAAGUGUAGUUCAUGUUCCCAGUGAAAUCAGCCUGCAGAAUGCAUCGAUCCAAUACUAAGUGUGCAAUCAAUACUUUCUGUCACCGCGUGCUUUUUACUGUGAGAAAUGUAUCGGAGCAGCAGAACAUUGCAAACCCCUGGCUACGCUUCCCACUUUUUCCUUCAUUUUUCAGCUGAAUCCCCCCCCCCCCGCGCUGUUCUUUUAGUAGCGCACGUGGGAUGUUAAACAGUGCGCCCAUUAAUUCCCAAAAAUGAAGAAUAUGAGAUGCACAGAGGCGGGUUUUUCCUUCUCUGGGUGGACGGUCGGUUUUAUGGUGGGGGUAGGGGGGGCUCUCCUAAAAGAAUGUGCGAGACACAAUGCAGGCCGGCCAAGGAAAACAGCAGGAGCCCUGUCAGCUGUUAUUACAAUAAUAAGACCCCCCCCCCCCCUCUCUCUGGCGUCCUGUGCGACACUUUUAUAUGGAGACAUUAAAAAACUCGGCAUUAAGGUGGAUUACUCAUCGGGGGCCAAUACCCUGAAAGUAAAAUGUUGUUCUAAAGAGUAAUUAACUGUAUCACUCAACACCUCUGAAUAUAUCGCCUUCUAUACGUUGUGCCUUCUGGGUAUUUCUGCAGCAAGACGGAUCCUAAUAAAAUGGAUGAAUUGGGGAAAUAGGUUGAACUGUUGCCGAAAUUUGUUUUGGUCUUUCGGGAAUUCAUGGUUUAAUAAGAAUAUGACCAGCGUAACCCUUUCCACGCCUGAAUACAUAAUAUAUUACUUAUAGGGCGUUAUGUAUCAUUGGCAGGGCAGAGGGUGGCUCCUGCGUUGCCGCACAGUGAUAACGCAGCUGCUCUGUCGUUUAAGUCCUCGCUCCUACGCGGCGUUAUUCUCCCUCUCAAGUUACCGGAGAGAGUUCCAGUGAUUCUGCGGAGCCUCUCCUGAUUCGCCGGUCCCUCAUUGCCCGGCGUAGCCUUUCGCCGCUGUCUAUGUAGACGACAGCAAGUGGUAUAUACGUGACAGGUCAGCGAUAUCUCUAUGGCGUACUUUUCUCAUAUUAGGAAAAGCAGCAAUGACCCAUUUCUCCCUCCGUGUGGCACAGUGGUUAGCAUUGCUGCUCCUCAGCACUUAGGGUACUGGUCAGAAUUGCACCCAUAGCCAUUGUUUGAAUGGGUUUCUUGCCAAACAUACUGGCAGGUUAAUUAGCUUUUGAUGAAUUGAGCCUCAGUGUAUGUGUUUCUGCGUCCAUGUGUAGGGAACAUAGAUUGUAAGCUCCGCUGGUGCUGAGACUGAUGGAAUCAAUUAAAUGUAUUGUAUAAAGUGCAGCGUAAUAAGUAGUCAGUAUAUAAUAAGAAUACAUAUUUGCAUUGCAGCGGAGAGGUGUAAGGGACAAGGCACCGUACACGGCAGAGGGCGGAUGGGGUGAGAGAGGAACAUGUGAGGGAAUAAGCGGGCAGAAGGGGCAUUAUCAGGGGUGGUUAUUCCCGUCCAAAUAGACGCACCACCAUUAUCAGCCUGCAAAGUACGUAAUCUUCACGCCUCAUCUGAUAGGCCCAUUCUGUGACUCUGCGGUACAUUCCCAGGAACACUCUGAGCAAUGUCAUAAAAUACUUUACACGCACCAACCGUCUUCCUGUAACACAGAAGCGACACACGUCCCGCGCUAGUGCACAAUAACCACGCAUGAUGCAAAACCAACAUUCACUACUGCGGUGGUUCUGAUCGCAGCUGCACUUUGAUGUGACAUUUACACUUUGCACCUGUGGCGUGCCGAGAACUUUGUGGGCCCCAUAGAAACAUAUUAAAGGGCCCAGAAUAAUUGUUUAAUAGUAAAGGAAUCCACACUGACCGGCCACCAAGUAGAAUUCCUUUUUAUUCUGCUCCAGCUGUCAGACCACGAUACGUGUCGCCCACAAGGGGAGAGUGUCCGCUCCCAUGAAAACUAACACAAUGUCAUUUUCCUCUCUAUCAAAAUAAUCCUUCUCUGCUCCGCAGCACGUACGCUGCGCACAGCGGUACGAAAAAGACCAAGCACCUACCUGUUGUGCCGUCCAGGGCUGGCUGUGUCUUGUACUCUUAUGUGAGCGCAAUCGCCAACUCAAACCCGUGACAGGUGGAAUACCGCAGUCUGUAAAAUGGAAAUAUGUAGAUUGUUAUUAAUUAGAUGAACUCUAUUGGAAAAUAAAUAAAGUAUAUAUGCCGCACUCAGUGCCCCAAUGACAUAAUAUGCCACACCGCAGUGCCCCAAUGACAAAAUAUGCCCCACCGCAGCGCCCCAAUGACAAAAUAUGCCCCACCGCAGCGCCCCAAUGACAAAAUAUGCCCCACCGCAGCGCCCCAAUGACAAAAUAUGCCCCACCGCAGCGCCCCAAUGACAAAAUAUGCCUCACCGCAGCGCCCCAGUGACAUUAUGCCACACCAUGCCACACCGCAGUGCCCCAAUGUCAUAAUAUGCUCACAGCAGUUCCCCAAUGUCAUAAUAUGCCACAUCGCAGUGCCCCAAUGACAUAAUAUGCCACACCGCAGUGCCCCAAUGACAUAAUAUCCCCACAGCAGUGCCCCAAUGUCAUAAUAUGCUCACAGCAGUUCCCCAAUGUCAUAAUAUGCCACAACGCAGUGCCCCAAUGAUAUAAUAUGCCACACCGCAGUGCCCCAAUGACAUAAUAUCCCCACAGCAGUUCCCCAAUGUCAUAAUAUGCCACACCGCAGUGCCCCAAUGACAUAAUAUGCCACACCGCAGUGCCCCAAUGACAUAAUAUCCCCACCGCAGUGCCCCAAUAUCAUAAUAUGCUCACAGCAGUUCCCCAAUCACAUAAUAUACCACACUGCAGUGUUCCAAUGUCAUAUGCCCACAGUAGUGCCCCAAUGGUAACACAAUGCAGCACUGCAGGGGGCAGAUGUACCAUAUGCAGAGAGCUAGGUGUGGGAGGGGUGUGUCCUAGCUCAGAGCUACAUUGCAUCUGAGCACCUGGAUAACACCAUGCUGGACUGCAGGGGGAAGAUGUAACGUGCAGAGAGUUCAGUGUGGAAGAGAUGUGUUAGCUCAGAGCUACAGUGCAGUGUGAGAAUAAAGCUGCCCAGCGUGUGUGGGCUACAUACAGAAGCAGCCAGUAACUGAGCACCUGGGUAACGCCAUGCUGCACUGCAGGGGGCAGAUGUAACAUGUGCAGAGAGUUAGGUGUGGGAGGAGCAUGUCCUAGCUCAGAGCUACAGUGCAGUGUGUGAAUAAAGCUGCCAGCAUGUGUGGGCUACAUGCAGAAGCAGCCAGUAACUAAGCACCUGGGUAACACCAUGCUGUGCUGCAGGGUGCAGAUGUAACAUAUGCAGAGAGUUAGGUGUGAGAGGGGCGUGUCCUAGCUCACAGUGUGAGAAUAAAGCUUCCCAGCAUACUUGCUAUGUUUUUUAAUCUCAACUCAGAAUCAGCCCCUAAUAAAGUGUUUCUGGCGCUGUGCACAUGAUUUGUAUAAACAAGAACGUUAAAUUAGGUUUUGCCAUGUGCAAGUGUUUCCUGUAUUUGUUACAGCACUUGUGAAAUAUGUCCCCAUUCACUGCAACAACAGAACACAGCGACUUCCUCUGCCGCGCACGAUUCCAGACAAUAGCGAGCUGUCUGCAUGGGACUGGGCGGGGGCUGCGUUACGCAUUUAAUUGAAGCUUUCAACAGAAAUAAAUAUUCAGCUUGUAGUUUACGGAUUAUGUCCAAAAACAACUUCAGUGGUUCUAUCAAACUAUUUGUUCCUCUCUCACAGCCAUUGUUCUGGCAAUGAGUAACUGGUGUUUGGCAAAUGUCCCGCACAUGGGAAACACGCAGCGCCGACUGAUGAUAAUCGCCAAUUCAUUUGCUCUGAGGAAACAUCGUUUUUCCCAUUUAUAUAGAUCUUCAUCUACCGUCAUCACAUCACUUAUUUGGGGGAAACAUAUUUUGUGGUCUCUUCUGGCCGAGUUUAAUGUUCUAUUUUAUUUUAUUUUUUUUUGGGCCAAAUCCAUCCAGUCCGCCCAGUGACACGCAGGGUGUUGUGGUGCCAGGGAAUCGCUGGCGUCUGCUGCUAACGGUACGCUCGCCCUACUGCUCCCCAUCAAUAAUUGGGGAAGGACUGUUACAGAAAUAUGGCACCAUCCAGUAAGAAACCUCUAUUUUUCUAAUAUUCAGGGACAUAGGUAUUAAAAAAAAAAAAAAAAAUUAUAUGACCCCCCCCCCCCCCCCAAAAAAAAAACAAAAAAAAACAUUCUCUCGUCAAUCUGGAAUAUUUUUUUUCAGAUAUAUCCACUAAAGUGACGGUGCUGGAAGCCCGUCCUGGCGAUCACUAGAAGCAGAGUGAUAGCUUACCAUGAGCUCUACUCACGAAGCAGUGAGAAGUGUGGAGAAGUUGCCCAUGGCAACCAGUGUUGAGGUAACAUUUAUAAAGUGCGUUCUAUAAAAUUAUACGUAGCACUCUUGUCACUGCUUCAUGAGUAGGCCUCAUGUCACUUUACUUACGGGUUCGGAUGUAGCCCUCACAGCAGCUGGACUCCCCCCAUAGGGAAGUGUGCGCGAACGUCAUUUGAAGAUGGCGAUCGCUAUUGCAGGAUAGUUCUGAACAGAUAAUCUCUUCCAGGAGCUUUUUAAAUAGCUUUCCUCAUGGAAAACUUCCUUGACAGUAGCUGUGCGCGCUGUUGCGCCCAAAGCGGGAGAUAACACCGAUACCCUCAGUGUUACAGCGAGAUCUUGGCAGUCAAAAUACCAACACCGGGAUCCUGACACUACUCGGAAUGCCGACACUGGCAUCCCGAAUAGGGCCACAAAGCCAGCGCGGGAUCCCGAACGAUUGUUCGCCAGCCGCCAAGAGGGGUUAGGCUGUGGCCCGAGGCUGGAUAGGUUUAGGCUGCGGAAAGAGGGGGGGUGGGUUAGG